CUGUGACCGAGUGCAUUCUGGUCACGCGCGUUGCUCCUAGCAGCGCCCGUGCUCCCCCCUAUCCUGUCGUCCCUCCGGAACCUCCCCGGCGCAUUUCGUCGCCAUGGUGGCGCCCACCUCCCUCUCGCCGUCGCUCCCCGCGCACCCGCUCGCCCCCGUCCACCACCUCCGCCUCCUCCGUCCCACGAAUCCCACCACGAAGCCCAUCUCCCCGUCCCUCGUCGUCCGCUGCGCCUCCACAGCCGAGGCGGGGCGCCCGGGCCCCCCACCGCUCCCGCCGCUGAGGUUGGUCCGCUGCCCGGCUCUCGACCGCCAGGCGGCGCGCGCCAGCCGCCUCCGCUUCGCGCGCAAGCUCCUCACCCUCCUCCUCUCCAAGCCGCGCCAUUUCCUCCCGCUCCGCGUGCUCGGCCGCUGCCGCCGCUUCCUCGGCCUCCCGCACCGCGGCCGCCCGCUCAUCCCCAUGGUUCUCCGCUACCCGACCCUCUUCCGCCUCUUCCAGGCGCCCACCUCGCUCCCUCUCUCACCGUCACUCUCCACCCUCGCCGUCGGCCUCACCCCCGCCGCCGAGGCGCUCGCCGCCGACCUCGCCGCGCUCCGCGCCACCAGCAACGGCGCGGACGCGCUCUCGGACAAGCUCCACCGAAUCCUCCUCAUGACCCCGCGCCAGAGCAUCCCGGUGAACAGGCUCGCCCACAUCGCCCCCGACCUCGGCGUCGCCAUGGACUUCCGCGCCACGCUCUGUCCCCGCCACCCCGACCUCUUUACUCUCGUGCACACCUCAUAUGGACACGCGCUCCAGCUCGCAGAUCCUCCUCCGCCACCUCCACCGUCGCUCCCGCUUUUCCACCGCGCCUCCACGCCCGACCGCCUCAUUGACCGGCCACGGAGAUUUCCCCACCUCCCGCUCCGCCGGGGACUCAACCUCCGCCGCGCGCACCGGGACUACCUGUUGCGAUUCCAUAGCCUUCCCGAUGUAUCCCCAUUCGAGCCUCUUGACGAGGGCGCCAGUCUUGAGAUGUUGGAGCGGCGGGCCUGCGCUGUGGUGAGGGAGGUGCUGGCGAUGACCGUGGAGAAGCGGACAUUGGUGGACAACCUCACGCACUUCAGGAAAGACUUUGGGUUGCCAAACCGGCUGCGUGCUUUGCUGGUGCGACAUCCGGAGCUGUUCUACGUUAGUGUGAAGGGGGUGCGACACUCGGUGUUCCUUGUGGAGGCAUUUGAUGAUGAUGGGAGGCUCCUAGUGGAGGAUGAGAUGCUGGUUGGGAGGGAUAGGCUGGAGGAGCUUGUACGGGAGGGAAAGCGGAUGAGACAUGCUAGGAAGAAAGGCGUUCUCACGUUUGAUAGUGACAGUGAUGAGGAUGAAGAUGACAAAGAGGUGGAAGAUGAGGGUUUGUUAGAUGUGGAUAAUGAGUUUGGGGACUUGUUUGAGGAUGGUAUCAUUGGGGACGAUUGGGAGCAGGUGGGCAGUGAUGGUGGAAUUGAGGGGAAUGAAGAACAUGACACUGAAUCAGAUGCGAUAGAGGAGUUUUGGAUGAAAAAAGCUGUGGCAGAAGGGUUGGUUGACAGUACAAAUGAGCAGGAUGUUUGGUGAGGUAUAUCAAAUCCUGAGAGUUUACUCAGGAUGCUAAUGGGGACCCAGAUUUCUCAAAUUUGCUCCUCAGCAUGUGUUAACUAGAAGUAGCAAUUAGCCUGGUAUCUCGGACCUCCUGUUCCCAUGUUCUUCGCAUCACUGGGUAAGAAAGGAUGCACUGCUUAUUGAUUCUGAUUAUGCAUGCUCAUUUUCAAUUUGCAUGAUGAAAAUGUCGCUAACUCAUAGUCACCAUGAUGAGGAUGGUUCUUUAGAGGUGGAUGAUGAGUUUUGGAGACUUGUUUGAGGAUGGUGUCACUGGGGACAAUUGGGAGGAGGUGGAACUGAGGCAGACAACGAGUAUGAUGCUGAAUUGGAUGUGAUGGAUGAGUUGGGUCAAGAAAGCUAUGGCUCAAGGACUGGUUGAUGAUACCAAUGAGCAGGAUGUUUGGUGAGGUGUAUCAGCUUGCAACACUGCUAAGGAUGUUAACAUGGACCGAGAAUUUCUGAAAUAUGCCUUCUCAGAAAUGUACAUAAACCAGAAGCCAGAAGAAGCAUCAGUACAUAACCUGGUACCUUGGACCUCUUCGUCCCAGUUACUGCCUGUUGCUAGGUGUUGUAUGCUGCAUAUACCGUUGAUCUCGGAAGCUCAAAUGCUAACUUCGGCUUAUAUGCAUGGUGCUUUGUGAAUAUGAAGAUGCAAAUGCUAUUUUUGGUCUAUAUAUGUUGGCAAUCAGUGAAGACUAGCAUGGACAGGGUUCAGAUAUGUGAGUUUUGGAGGUAUGGGAACUAACAUCACCAUUUCCUUUUAUAGGACAUGAUGUUUUAUGGUUAGCAUCCUCCAAACUGAUGCUCGGAUGGAGGAUAUUUUGUUCUCGCGGUAACUCACGCAUGGCUUUCUGUCUUCCUAGAAACAUGAUGGACCCUGAUAACAUGUCAUGAAUUUGUGAAGAUCCUUUUUGCCACGGCACUAUUUCUGUACGCAACAAGUUCUGUUGGAUGUCGUAUUUUCUUCAAUCCUUUUGUGCAAAAAAAUAGGACAGUAAAGGAAGUUUUCAGGUGAUCGCAACUUGUGAAACACGAACACCUCCGUGGCCGCAUUUGUCCA